AUUGUUCACAUUAAUUGCUCAUUUUGUCCAACGAUGGUGUCAAAGAUUUGUUUGUGAUUUCGAGAAAUGCGUAAAAGAGUUAAGGAACAAUUCCUGAGAGGAUUUUCUGAACCUCAAUCAUAGAUUUAUGCAUGUGACAGGUUGAAUUGUGCAUUCAAACUACAAAAAAUCUUCAGUGAUUGAAUGUUUUUCUCAAUUUUAAACUAAUGUAUCGAGCGAUGAUCUGCAAGCGCAGCAAACUCAGCUUAGCUAGAAGCAUUAUAUUUAUCUUCUGCUUUAUUGUCGUGAUGUAUCUAUGGAAAAGGAAACCAAAUGAAGAAGCAAUUAAGAGCAAGAAAUGGACAUCCUUGGUUUUAAAAGAUAGUAACAUUAUACUGGAUAUAUUUACAGAAGAAACGAACAAGAAUCAAGUUGUGGAAAAGAAUGUAAAUGAGCUGAAGGAUAUUGAUGGACAAUUAGAUCAUCAACAAAAAAUUAGAAAUGUUGAAAAGCUCCCUGAAAGAAGACCGAAUCUUGUUGAGUUAGACAAUCAAUAUGUCACUAGAAAAGCCAUGGUGAAUAAUGAAAAUAAGCUGAAGGAAGUUGUUAGACGAUUAAAUCUCCAGCAAAAAAUUAGAAAUAUGGAAAAGUUCCCUCAAAGAAGCCAGAAUAGCAUUGUUAUUGCUGUUCAGGUACAUAAGCGUGCCAAUUAUUUAUCAAAACUUCUGCAAUCCUUGCGUGAAGCUAAUGGAAUAUCAGAUGCAUUACUUAUUAUAAGUCAUGAUUACUACUCAAAUGAAAUCAAUAAUAUUGUUCACAAUGUCGAUUUUUGCCAAGUCCUGCAAAUAUUUUUUCCAUAUUCUGAACAACUGAAUCCAGACAAGUUUCCAGGGUCAGACCCAAACGAUUGUCCUAGAGACUUGUCAAAAACGGAAGCAAGAGCAAUGGGAUGUAACAAUGCAGAAUAUCCAGAUUCCUACGGUCAUUAUAGAGAGGUGAAAUUCACCAUGACAAAACAUCAUUGGUGGUGGAAAAUUAACAGAAUAUUUAAGGACUUAUGGGUAACAAGGAACCAUAGGGGAUUAGUGUUGCUACUUGAAGAGGACCAUUAUGUUGCUCCAGAUUUCUAUAAAGUACUUCAGAAAGCAUAUCAUGUGAAGCAGACUGAUCCAUUAUGCCGUGAACAUGCAUGUGAUAUUGUAACACUAGGAGAUUAUAGGCCUAUCAGAAAUUUUCAUGUUGAAAAUUCUAGAAUAGUUCGUAUUCAACCUUGGGUUUCUACAAAGCACAAUAUGGGCAUGGCAUUGGAUAAAAAAACGUGGGAGAAAAUAAUUGAAUGUGGUGACAUGUUUUGUAAAUAUGAUGAUUACAACUGGGACUGGAGUUUGAUGAGAAUGAGUCUAAGAUGCUUUUCAAAACCGUUGAAAGUUCUUCUCUUCCGCUCUCCAAGAGUCUUUCAUCUUGGGACCUGUGGACUUCAUCAUAGAAACAGUAAUUGUGACAUCAAUAUGGUUCUAGAUAGGACAAAAGAGAUCAUUGAACAAAGCAAUGAGGUGUUGAACCCAUCAUUUUUAAAAGUGGAACUAGCCCGACCUUGGAUUCAGGGAUAUAUUGGUCAACCAAAUGGAGGAUGGGGUGAUAAGAGAGAUCAUGAUUUAUGUCUCAAUUUUACCAUUUCAACUAAUUAGCAAUUUUAUAUAUGUCAUGAUUCAGUGGCGGAUCUAUGGUAGCUCAAAAUAAAUUAUAGCUGCUUAAUUUUAAAGUCAAAGUACUUUCAAAAAAACACUAUUGGUUUUGAAUUUCUAAAGAAUAUAAUUUUACUAAUGAACUUGUAUCUUAGGUGCUUGGAAAUGUAAAUAUAUUCCAAAGUGCGCUGCAGUAACUAAUUUUGAGGUACUCUAGAUCUGCCACUGUCGUGAUUUUAUUGAUUGUAGCUUCAACCAAACAUUUAAUUUCAUCAAAGAUGUGUCUCUGACAUAUUAAUCACAAGUUUUGUAGGUACUUAUUUCUACCUUCAGCCUGGAUAGAAGAAAUUUUCUGUCACCUUAUCAAUCAACAAAUUGUAUGACUAAACUGGUAUGCAUGCACAUUUACGCAUUGCGUAUCUAUUUUACAGUAUUUCCUGAAAAAGUUAAUUAAAAUUAAAAUCUAUUGAAAAAA